AUGACUGAGGUCGAGCAGAUCUACCAGAAGAAGACCCCGCUCGAGCACAUCCUGCUGAGGCCUGACACCUAUGUCGGCAGCACCGAGCCUGCGCAUUGCCAGAUGUGGCUGGCUGACCGGGACGGCCAGUUCUCGCGACAGGACGUCGAGUACGUCCCGGCCCUCUACAAGAUCUUCGACGAGGUGCUGGUCAACGCUGCCGACAGCUACCAAAGGGACCACUCGAUGACCCAGCUGAGUGUCAGGCUGGACGCAGGGGAGGGCUGGGUCGAGGUCCGCAACAAUGGCAAGGGCAUCCCCGUGGUGCUGCACCGGGAGUACAACGUCUACGUGCCGGAGCUGGUGUUCGGGCAUCUGCUGACAGGCUCGAACUACAACGACAGUGAGAAGAAGGUGGUCGGUGGCAGGAACGGGUACGGGGCCAAGCUGGCCAACAUCUUUUCCAGGAGGUUCGAGCUGGAGGUGGGGGAUGGGCAGGCUGGGCUGGUGUUUUCGAUGGUGUGGACUGGCAAUAUGGGCAGCCACGGCCCUGCCCAGCUGCAGGCUUACAAAGGCAAGGACUUCGUAAGGGUGCGGUUCCACCCCGACUUCCAGCUGUUCAAGCUGUCAGGCUUUCCGGACAGCACGGUCGACCUGUUCCGAAGAAGGGUUUACGACAUGGCAGGGCUGUUUGGCUCGAAGGUGAAGGUGUCCUUUAACGAGGUGCAGCUCAAGAUCGCCUGCUUCGAGGACUACGUGAAGCUGUAUCUCAAGGACGACGCGCCGAGGGUGUAUGACAAGGAGACGGUCACGGACCGGUGGGAGGUGAUCGUCUCGUACUCGGAUGGAGAGUUCCAACAGGUUUCGUUUGUGAACGGGAUUUGCACGACCCGAGGCGGCACGCACGUGCAGUUCAUCAGCGACCAGAUCGUCAGCAAGGUGCAGGAGGCGAUCACCAAGAAAAGCAAGGACUUGACCGUCAAACCACACCAAAUCCGGCAGCACCUUUGGAUCUUCGUAAGGGCGCUAGUCGAGAACCCUGCCUUCGACUCUCAGACCAAGUAGACUCUGGUCACCAAGCCGGCUCUGUUCGGGUCGCUGCCAGUCAUCAGCGAGAAGAUGACCAAGGCUGUGCUGAAAUCAGGCAUCAUCGACCAGAUCAUCCACGAGGCGAAGGCUCGCGAGAUGAACAAAAUGUCACGGGCCACGGCCGGCGGGAAGCGGGCCAAGAUCUCAGGUAUCCCGAAGCUGGACGAUGCCAACGACGCGGGGACGAAGCAUAGCGAGCAGUGCGUGCUGAUCCUCACCGAGGGGGAUAGCGCGAAGGCCCUGGCCGUGGCCGGCAUCGAAGUGGUCGGCCGUGAUCACUACGGGGUGUUUCCUCUGAAGGGCAAGCUGCUGAACGUCCGAGAGGCGUCGGCCAAGCAGGUCCUCGAAAACCAGGAGAUCCAGAACAUCAUAAAGAUCAUGGGGCUGCAGGUCGGCCGCACCUACGACGACGUGAAGGCCCUGCGCUACGGCUCUCUGAUGAUCAUGACCGACCAGGACACAGACGGCUCCCACAUCAAAGGACUGAUCAUCAACUUCAUCCAUCAGUUCUGGCCAUCGCUGCUGAGGCUGCCCGGGUUCCUGCUCGAGUUCAUCACGCCCAUCCAGAAGGCACUCAAGGGGCAGCAGGCCCUGUCGUUCUACUCUGCCCAGGACUAUGCGAGGUGGGCGGAGGCCAACGACACCAGGGGGUGGAGGGUCAAGUACUAUAAGGGGCUGGGCACCUCGACUGAUAAGGAGGCCAAGGAGUACUUUUCCGCGUUAGAGGAGAACCGCCUCAGGUUUGUCUACGAAGGGCAGGAGGAUGAUGAGGCGGUCGACCUGGUCUUCAGCCGCAAGAAGGCCAACGACCGGAAGGCAUGGCUCUAGACCUAUGAUCCCAAGAGGUCAGUGGAUUUCCGGGUGAAGGACCUGCGCAUCCGGGAUUUCGUUAACGACUAGCUGAUCCACUUCUCGAUCGCAGACAAUAUGCGCUCGAUCCCGUCGCUGGUCGACGGGUUGAAGCCCGGCCAGCGGAAGAUCAUCUACGCGUGCUUUAAGCGCAACCUCAGGCAGGAGAUCAAAGUCGCGCAGCUGUCUGGCUACGUGGCCGAGCAUUCCGCCUACCACCAUGGCGAGAUGUCCCUGGCGGAGACGAUUGUCGGGAUGGCCCAGAACUUCGUGGGAUCGAAUAAUCUACACCUUCUGGAGCCGAUCGGCCAGUUCGGCUCCAGAAACCAGGGCGGGAAGGAGCAUGCCUCCCCGAGGUACAUUUUCACCAACCUGGCGAAGGUGGCACGCUGCCUGUUCAUUGAGGCGGAUGACCAUACGCUGAGCUAUCAGGAGGACGACGGGGAGCAGGUGGAGCCGGUCUGGUAUGUGCCGGUGCUGCCUCUGGUGCUGAUCAAUGGGGCGGAGGGGAUCGGCACCGGCUGGAGCACUUCUAUUCCAUGCUACCGUCCACGUGACCUGGCCGACUGGAUCCUCGCCCGCCUCUAAAACCGACCGACAAGCAAGCUGACACCCUGGUACUACGGCUACACCGGCAGCAUCGUCUAGAACGAGUCGUCAGGGUACCUGUGCCACGGGGUGGCCAGGCCCCGCGAGGAGGACCCUUCCCUCCUCGACAUCACGGAGCUGCCGAUCAAGAAAUGGACGAAGGACUAUAAACUGUUUUUGGACAGGCUGGCAGAAGGCGAUGACCCUGAGGUUGCGGACGUGAGGGAGUAUCAUACGAAGAACAGGGUGCAUUUCGAGGUCAGGCUGGCCGACGGGGUGGCCGACAGGUGGGGGGAGGGGGCUGCCAAGCACCUCAAGCUGCAGGGCAGCAUCCCUACCACCAACUUCGUGCUGUUCGAUUCGCAGAACAGACUCAGGAAGUAUCCAGGGCCGGACCAGAUCAUGGCCUAGUUCUACGACCUAAGGCUCGACUUUUACAGCAGAAGGAAGGAAUACCUGCUGAGCAGGCUGGCCCGGGAGCUGCAGGUGCUGGACAACAAGCAGAGGUUCAUCAAGGAGGUUAUUGAAGAGACGAUUGUUGUAAGGAAGGCCAAGAAGAAGGAGUUGUGUGGGCUGCUAAGAAGCAGAGGGUACCUCGGCUAUUCCCAGCUGCCGGGCAUCAAGUCGACCAAGCAACCCGCAAAGCCACAGGAACCUGACUAGCAGGAGCAACCCGAAACAGAGUCCAAAGAAGAUGACCCUCUGCCCCUCAAAGAUUACGACUAUCUUCUAAGGCUGCCCCUGUGGAGCCUCACCGAAGAAGAGGUCAGCAAGCUGAUCGCGCAGUACCAUGAAAAGAAGGACGAGUAUGAGGCGCUGCGGGGGGUGCCUGUCUAGCAGCUGUGGAGGAGUGACCUGGAGGUGCUGGUUCAGGAGAUUGACACGAUCUACGAGCAGGAAGAGAAGGAGCGGCAGGAGGCCAUGCUGCAGGCCAGGAACAGCAAGCCGAAGAAAAAGGGGCGUAAGAAAAAACAGGAGGAGAAGAAAGCUGACAAGAAGGACAAAAAGGACAAAGAACAGCCAAGCUAG